GCAGAGCAAUAAUUUUGCCUUUUUUAUUAGUAUAUUUUUUGGGGGGAAAACUGUAAAAAGUACACUUACCAUUCGGUAAAGUUUGAUUUAAGAGUGACCAGUUUCUCGUCUAGUAAAAUGUGCUUCAAUAAACGCACAUGGAAGUUAUAGAAUUUGAAUUCUGUACCUGAGAGUACCGCCCGGCAGAAUUUUGAUAUGAGCUUAAUUGAGAGUUAUUUUGAGAACGGUUCUUCUUAAUGACUUACAUCAACCAUGAAGGACGUCAUUUACAAUGUUAAUUGAGAGGCAAACUGUGAUAGGUAUGUACAUCUGUAUCGUUCCAUUUUUCCCGCAAGGAAACUGAAGUUUUUCUCAACGCAACCUUUUCAGGGACUUUUCAAGAUCUACCACAUGACGCCCUUAUGGUUUGAAACACAUGCGUCCUUCAUCAACUGUCAGCAUACAGCAUCCGUCGAUCAGCUCACGUUCAACGCUGGCUCAGUAAUGGAAGCAGCUCUCCUCAAAAUUCCUUUGAUCGCUCCUGGAGUCCUGCAAGACUCCACGAGGAUAACAAUGGAGAUUACCGUUGUCCAUGACGUCACCAUCGGAAACACAUUUGACAGCGAUGUAAGAUAUGGUAUUUCAGAUGGUAGUCGAUUUGUUGGCUUUGAAGUGUGUGAUAAGGGGAACUAUCUCGAUCACUCACCUUGUUAUGGGGUGGAGGGUAUCCCAAGGGUAUCUUACCUGUCAUCCAUAAGGCAUAUUGAAUAUAAAUCUCCCGGGACAAAUGACUCCCGGUACCCUGGUCAGAUUGCUUUCACUCUUAAGUUGGAUGAGCGACAGGGCUUCUGCCAGACCGCGCACGACGGAGGUUUUACCAAGGCCAUUGGGUAUAGUCACCGACUUAUGUUCAGCGAGGGACUUUCUCUCGAAGUGUAUAAAGGAGACAGUGGAGAGAGGGUUGGAAUCAAGUACAUUAAGGUUGUUGUCAUGGAAACCCCUUAGAGCGCAAAUGCGAUUUCAUUCCUGCCUAGGCUCGUGUUUUACAGAUUAAAUUUUAGUGACAGUGAAUCGAAUAGAUCGAUAGAAAGAUAGACAUUUUCUUUGCUCAGUUGCAGGAGUGCUAAAUGCAGAUACAUGUAUACAGGGCGAAAUUUAAACAAACUUAUAAGAUACAACAACUGUUAUUUGAAGUUCAAACACAAAGCGAUUAUUCCACGGAUCAGGUCAUGCGGGAAACUGGAAUAAAACAGGAACCGUGAAGAAAUGAACUUUUUCCCUUGUUCUUGCGUGAUAUAAGUAAUGGUAAUAGGACUGAGUGGAGCCCA